AUGAAACGAAACAUCUUCUUCUACAUAACAUUGAUCUCGAGCUCCAAGUCCAAGACCAAGAUGAUGUUGAAAGCAACGGAUGAAGUCGUGUCGAAAUGUGCUGGAAUCAUCACCAACAUCCAAUCGAUCAGAUAUCCAGCCCUCACGAGAUUACCAGUCUGUGAUCCUACCAUGUCGUACGUCGCAUACAACCCGAACAGUCAGGAACUGAGCUACGAGGAGAUCAGCUCCAUCGGUGCGAGCUGCGCUGCGAAAAUAUCCCAGCACUUCGACAACCACAACAUCCCUAACCUUCUCUGGGGCAGACUGGCCCUGGGUCUGGUCGGUGAAUGGACGAAGGAUCCGGACGUUGAAUUCAUUAUCCCCGAUGAGAAGAUCGAGAAAGCUGCUGACCUCUUGACAGCGCGCGAUGGAUGGGAACGAUGCACGAGUACGGAAUGCCCCCAGAUGAAGUACCGCCAUCGCCAGGUCCCCCAUAUCCACAUCCACAUGCCCGACGAAGGGGAGCAGUCCGUCCCCUGGUGGACGAUCAUCUGUCUGCACAAGAAGUCGGAGCUGGUCUGGUGGAUGGACGAUCUCAAGGUGAAACACAUCUCGCCCGAUGACAAGGUGUUGACGAUCUCCCACGGCUGGUCCGUUUCCUGGAACGAUAAAUACCCCGUCGCCAUUCUACAGCCGAGUGCCCUCGUCAAGGCUCUGCUUCUGCUGUUGUGCCGGGACUGGCGGCAUCCCCACUAUUGGGAUAUCGAGUGGAAGCGCAUGCUCGAAGGUUUAAUGGACGGCUAUAAUUACCAUGAUCUGAGACCAAAGUACCAGACUUGCUGGACCAAGGUGUACAACCACUACCGGCAGAAUGAUGUCCUGCCAUGGCAGCCUAUCCUGGACUUGCGAGCCAUUCUUCGGAAGAAGAGAAGACUGCCUCCUCCUUUCAUCGUGCCAGGCUUCGAGGCGCCCCGGCGCCCUUCGGAUGAAAUGCUGCGAGUGGGUGAGUUAAAUUUCCAGCUGGUUAACUUGGAUUGA